AUGGUGUCUGUUCAAACAAUCGCCACUAUCGUCGUGAAGACAUUCAAAAUCGUCCUAAACAUUAUAAUCCUGGUGCUGUACCGUACCGGUUACAAUGGAGAGUUUCUCGGAGUGGGUGGUACUUGGAACCUUAACGAAGAGAAGAACCCAGACGCUGAGAUCGUCGCUUCGGGAGUUAUCGUCGGGUACCUAAUCUACACCCUCGUGCAAGUCGUCACUUAUCUAUUUGGAACCACCGAGCAUAAGAGGGCCCUGUCCGAUAUAGUGAUGAACUUCGUCGGCGUGUUCCUGUGGAUCGCUGUCGGAGCUGUCGCCCUCCACUACUGGGGAGGAUACCAAGGACAGCACCAGUUCCAGUUUGUCUUUGCUGAGAGACAAGUCGGUUUAGCUGUCGGUGCCCUCUGCGUAAUCAACGGUGCUGUAUACUUAUUGGAUACAGCACUCUCCGUCAUACACUUCACGAAAGAGAUGUAA